AUGUUCUUCGAAGAGGUACUUCCUUCUACAACUCCAAGAUACGAAUAUGAAGGUAUCCAAGGAUUUCUUCAUAUUUUGGAGCAGGAGCAGGAGCGAUAUGAGCGUGAGGGUUCGUUUAACCCUUAUAUAAUCUUCGCUAUUGAUGAACACUCCUUCCUUGAGUGUUUCGUCGAUUCCGAAGAAGAUCUCCUCACGAAAUCCUGGGAGACUUACGAUCAUUCUUCCCAUAACAUUCUUAUCAAAAUGGAGACAGCCAACCACGCCGUUGCAGCCGGUGCAUUUGAUUCUAUUUUCUCAACCUGGGCCCGCAGAGUACGAGACAAUCCUCUUGCGUGUACAGCCAGAACAGCAGUCCGGGGGCACACCAGGACUAAACGAGCAGAUUCAUCCUGGACACCAGUAUUUUUGCCUGCUGGAAGAUCCCCUAAGUGGCCAACAUUGGUCCUCGAAGUUGCGUGGUCUGAACGACGACCUAAACUGGAACGGGAUAUCGAUUUCUGGCUUCGCGAAUCAAACGGAGACGUCAAAGUGGUUCUUUCGAUCACGGUGCAUCCUUGUGGGAUAAUUUCGAUUGAGAAAUGGGACCUCUCUCCUACGUCUAGCGGGAACGGCACAGCUCCUCGUCCUACACAGAAGAUCGAGAUUGUUCGAAAACCCACACCGAAUUGUCCCAGAGUUAAAGGGCAGAUCCAGCUGCAGUUUCAAGACAUAUUUCUUCGCGACAAGGAAGGGACGGAUAUCGAUUUCAUCAUUUCCCAUAGCGAUAUGGAGGAAAUCGCGUCACAAGUAUGGGGCUUUCAGUUUGAGCAAGAGGGAUAG